AUGGUUCAUAAGUGUAAUUUGUGUCUUCUGAUAUUGAUCGUUCUUUCUUCACUUCUCACUGGUACCAGUGGAGUGAAUGAGACUCAUGUGUUCAUCAGUUCUGGUGAAGAUGUCCGUCUGCCCUGUAAUAAUGCUCUUCCUGACUGCAACUCAACUACAUGGAACUAUAACAGACAUUCAGCAGCAGUUGAGCUGAUUGCUAGAGGGGUAUUUAUGAAACAAAUCGAGAGACAUGAGAGACUGAGUCUGGGGUCUGACUGCUCUCUGAACAUCAACAAAAUCUCAAAAGAAGAUUAUGGAUCUUACAGCUGCAGACAAUAUGUGAAUGAGACACAACAAGGAACAGAUGCUCAUUUUUUUCUACAUGUUCUUCAUGUCUCUUCAUCAACCUCAUCCUCACAGACUGGGAUCAGUGCAGGUCUCUCUGUGACUCUCUUCUGUCAACUGUAUUCAUUUGCUGGAGUCUCUUGUGAUGAUUGGAUGAGUUCUGAGUGGAUUAAUCUGUUCUGGGUGAAUCAGGCUGGUGUUAAACUGAAUAUAUCAGACUCCAGAUAUCAGAGAUCAUCCUCAUCAGAUCACUGUAUCAUCUCUCUGACUACAACACUCCUGAAUGACGAUCACAACAGAGAGUGGAGAUGUGAAGUUACUCAGAGAGAUCAAGUCAAGGCCUCAGUCACACACACUGUCAAGAGAUCAGCUGAUUCAACGACAGCAGUGAUUCCAGUCCACAUUACAAACUCUCAGUAUCCCUUAACUACAAACACACACCUAACUAAAGGUACAGCAUCACUGUCUUUCUCAAAUCAGUGUUUUGCGGUGGCUCGCAGAUACAGUUUUCUUAAAUCAGUCUCAAGAUAUAAUUGAUUGCUCUUUGAAGACAUUAAGAGAUGGGGUACAGGGGAUCAACAACUGUGUGCAAAUUAACUCUAAUUACUCGGUUUUGUGUGUACUCAUAAUUGUGUGUGUAUGUUUGUGUGUGCACAAGUCCGAGGCUUUUUAUAUUUGCAAGCACACAUGCACAUGUGAACAUGAUCCUUAAUACUAAA